AUGUCUAUGUUACCGUGGUCUCAAAUAUGGGAUGUAUUUAAGCUAUUUUUGGCCUUUACACUCUUCGUAAUAUUAGUUCAAAAAACUAUCAGCCUGUUCGUAUCAUGGAUGCUGAUGCUACGCCAUUCUACGAUCCGAAAAUUUUCUUUUGGAUACUUCUUUGGUACAUCAAUAAGGAGGGCGUUUAUCUUGACAGAUUUUGCUGAACUAUAUAUUGGUAAGAUAAGUUUUCGAAUAGGUUGGAAACCCGGAAUCGUGUUUCAUAAUGUUGAUAUGAAGCUGUUUGAGAGAGGCAGUGAUACUACUACGCACUCAACUAGAGGGUCGAGAACGUGUUUCAAUCCUGAUGAUCAAACUUUUACCUUUGUAAUCAGCAAACGAAUUCUAUCAAUUUUGAGACUUGUGUUCUCAUUUUCCAUUUUUUUCCAUACUUUAACUCUCACAGUAUCCAAUGGAAAACAAUAUAAGUUAAACAUCGGGUCCAUAACAAUAUCACAUCCGCAUGAUGAUACAAUAAAAUUGGAGGCAUUUUUACAUGAUUUUACCCAUCCUGAAACGAAAGACACCCUGAACCAUACUGGAUUUUUUAUGGUGUGUAAGAUUGCGAAGGAAAAUGACAAAGGCGCCAAAUGUUCGAAAAUUACAUUAAAGAAUUGGAAAUCCAGUCUUAAAAUCAGCGACGUUUGCUGGCAUCUUCCAGAGAGAAAAGAAAAGACACCGGGUACUGAUACUAUUGAUUCUUCAUCUAAAAGCGACGAGGUAGAAUUUCUCACUUCAUCUCGGAAGAUGCUAAAGCCCUUUCACUAUCCUUUAAAGACUUUGAACAUUCUGGACCUUAAGGUGGAAAACGUAAAGCUUAUCUACAAAAAAAAAUUUACAAUCCGCAUAUCAAGUGCUCAACUUUACUUAGAAUCAAUCUCGAUUCUAAAUAAUGUCUCCGCUUUGGAACUCUUACCUUUAAACAAACCUACAUGGGGGGAUUUUGAACUAUCACUCUCUGCAAAUGCUGUUGUUAUAGAUAUAGACGGUAAUACAGCUAUUAGAAUUCCAUUUGGAAAUGUCAUACUGACGUCAGAUAUUUUACUAUUUCUAUUGGAUAACGUUCCCUUACAGAAAACGAAGAUCUCUUCCAUUUUGAACAUUAUAAAUCCUUCAGUAUUCCUUAAUAUACAUCAAGUGCUGGAAAUUUUUCAUUUAGUGGAUAGAUUUGAUAAUUCCGAAACUUCGUCAUAUACAAAAGCAACCGACAGUUCAUCAAAUAUACUAGAUUUGGAUAUUGAUCGAAUGCCCAGUUUUAACUUUGAAUUACUGAUGUCGAAUUUUAUUUCAAGGCUACACAUAUCAGAUGAAGAGAAUGUGACUUUCAAGGUUUUCAGUACACACGCUCUGUUCAGUCGUAAUAAUAUGUCUAUGUUUACUAAGAAGAGCGAGCUAAUAAAUCUGCAUUCAGAUUGGCCAUUUUCCAAGGCUGCUUUAGUAUCCAAUCAGUUAUCUAACUAUAUUAAAAUUGUAGGUACAUCGCUCUCUUACCUGAAAAUUCCAACAGAGGAGGACGCUAAUCCGGUAUCUAUACCGGUCUGUGGUUUUGAAAGAUUAGAUACAUUUCUAGAUGAAUUUUCCAAUUCUAAGUUGACCGUUCAAUCUACAUUGAGGCAUUCAUAUGUUAGUCUUGAAAAUAUUGAAGUUUUACAUACUUUGAGCCGCGCCUUUGAUAAGGUCUACUCGCUAAUAUCAAUUAGAAAGAAAAGGAAUGCAGCUCAUAAAGCAAAGGAUCAAAAAUUGGCAAGCCUCAGUGAAAAUAAGAAGAAUUUCAAUUGGUCGCUAAAACUUAGACUAAAAGAUAUAUCAUGUUCGUUAUUGAUCGCUGGGUUUCUUCCAAAAACUAUGGAUCCUGUGGAGGUGGAAAACUUAAACUUAACUGAUGUAACCAGAGGUGCCAAAGUCGUCCUUACAGAAUCGAUAUUAUUAGCGGACAACCAAGAAAAAAAAUUUACGAUCGUUGAUGCAUCGAUAUAUCGCUUUAUGGAUGAGACUACAUAUGAUUCUGCGCCUGAUGCUAUUGUCCAGUUUACCGACCUGUUAUUGAGUUUUAACGACUUCAACAAAAUUCAUUUUUCACUUCCAAAAAUCAAGCUGAAGAUAGAUGUAAAUAUAAUCUGGCUUUGGUUUUAUAUCCAAGGUAUAUGGAUAAAGUUUCGUCCUAAUUUAGAGUUGAGUCAAACUUCGACGAGUAGCUCAAAAUCUGCAGAUGUUUUGGAUAGAUUGAGAGUAGAUAUAGGAAAGAUGAUUAUUGAGUUAACGCUUCCCCAUAACACAGAGGUACUCCUGAUAUUCGAGCAGGUUGAAUUUUUGAAUUCUACUAAGAUGCUCACCAUUGCAACUUUAUCUGCGUAUGUGGUGUCCGUCUAUGUGAAGCAUAUUAAAGUAUAUGUCUCUCUGAUGAAUAUUAAUGAUUUUGAGUUAAAUAUCCAAGAAUUAAUCCGUGAGAGAUCAGCAAGUGUAAAUACUUCGUUGAUUCACUUUCAUGCAGAAUACCAUUUUAGAUUUUACAUGAUAACUGAUAACAUGAUUACACUCUAUAAAUCAUUUAAGCAGAUUAGAUUGGCAUUUUCCAAUUUGCAGGAAUUUACGCGGUUGUAUCCUCAACAGCAGUAUCCUGAAAAUGUUCCCAAUUUGCAUAUCUGUUGUCAAGAUUUCCUAAUUGAUAUUGAAGAAGACCCUUUUGAGCAGGAGUUAGGGUUGAUUUUGAAAGUUGGUGUUUUGGAACAACGUGAGAGGUUAAAGAAACUCGAAGAAUUCAAAGAGAAGCUAUCAACAUAUGAAGACAUGAAUGUGCGUCUAAGGUCACUCUAUGAUACCUCCCGUGGGCAGACUUUUUUUCCAGACUUCUAUGCGAAUGAUCAAGAAUAUGAGGAAAAGGCCUAUUUCAGAUUGCUAGAAAACUUUUCAACUUCAUGGAUUGCCAGAUAUCGGAAGGCAAAACUUUCUUUUUAUGGUAUGCCUUAUCGUGUAGUCAGCCGUGAGGAGCUUGGUACAAAUUAUCAUUUGUUUACUAAACAGAAAACUAGCACGGUUGCUAAUUUGGUCGUAAAAGAAUUGGACUUUCAGUUAGGAUGUCCCUCUUUUCCUUUGGACCAAUAUAUGAAUUUUGUUUACCAGUAUGGAAAAAAGGUUCCAAAAACUACGAAGUACACUUUGUUAAUUAUCGUUGGCCUUAAAAUCAAAAGCUCAUUGUGGGAGUUGCGGCUGAGAGAUUAUCCAAUACCUGCAAUAUCAUUUCCAGAUACAUUCACAACGGGUGAUGUUGUUUUCGCUGAGAAGAUGCCAGCACCUUGUGCUCUUCAUACUGUAUAUGUUCCUUUUGUUAGCUCCGCGCAAAGCGGCCCCUAUAGUGACGCUAAUACCAUAUAUGGUUCGCAUAUUAUUCGUACUAUUAAUUCGGUCAAAACGUAUUUUAAUAUCAGGUCAAUGGUAUCAUCUUCUUUAUCUGCUAGAAUUACAUGGGGGAAAUCUUUGCAGCCUGGUUAUGAGUCCUUGAUGCUGUGGUUUGAUUUUUUAACAAAACCUCUUAUUGAUCCCUCCAAGAAACUAGGAUUUUGGGACAAAUUUAGAUACUUGGUACAUGGUAAAUGGAUAUAUGAGUUUUCAGAAGAGAGUGAGAUCCAUUUAAAUAUAAAGGGUUCACAUGAUCCUUAUAAGAUCACCGAUGAUGGUGCGGGUUUGGCGUUCUGCUGGUCUGGUGGCACUACAAUUUAUGUUCACGAUUCUGCAGAUCCUAAAGAGUUUUUGAAAAUUGAAUCGCAAAGGUUCCAGUUGGCAGUACCAGAUUUUGCCAAGGUCAGUAAGUUCGAUAAAGUAUUUAUGAAACUUGAUGGGAAAGUAAUUUGGACUUUAGGUUUGAUUUUUGAACAAGGUGAUAUAUGUAAGGCUGGUGACGAAGAAAGGUUUCUGCCAAAUAGGCCACAUUAUGAAAUUCAGCUCAUGAAUCCAGAUAGUGUGCCAGAUUUGGAUCACCACGAUACCUACAAAGGAUUUAGAACCUCUUUUAUUCACAUGUCAUUUGGCGUCUAUUCCUCAGAACAUGGAUCCAUAAACAGUCUUUAUCUCGCACCAUAUGCGUUAACCCACUUUUUCAAAUGGUGGAACUUAUUCCAUACAUAUACAUCCGGUCCUAUAAGGCAAGGACGUUUAUUUACGGACUUGCUUCAAAACAAGACCAAGUUUGGCCGUUCAUUAUUUACGAUAGCAUAUCAGCUACAUUUAAAACGACUUAUGGUCACACAUAUCUAUAGACAUAUUACUACCCAAUAUGAUCUUGAAAAGGACCGCAAAAUAACUUUUACUGGAUUAAAGGGAAGAUUUGAUUCGCUGAAAAUUGAUCUUCAUCAAAAGAGGAUUAAGCUCACACACACUAAUCAGAAACUCAACAAAUCAAAACCUGUCUGGAAAUUCAAAAUGUCUAGAGGUGAGAUUGAUUGUGCCGAAGCAGAUAUUAGGAUAUUGUCCACAAUGUUUGACCAAGAAGCAGUGAAGGAAAUUCUAAGUACUGGCCUUGAUGGCAUACUUGAAGACGAGUCGUCACGUCCUAUUUCGCCGCAAGACGUCGAACACUUACGUGAAUCAGAUUGGUAUGAUCUUGAGGAUUAUAUAGAUUUGAAUCAAGUACCUCUGGGUUCGUCACUCCCUUUAAAGUUAGAAGCAAUACCUUUGCUCUACUCACCUAGGAUAUCCUACUUCAGAAAAAUAAAUGAUGACGGUUACGUAUUAGCUUACCCCUUUGGCACUGAGGAAUCUCACAAUUGUCUGAUUGGCAAGAAUCACCCAGAAUUAACGCAAGAAAAGUUAGCAACAGAAAGGAAACGGGAAAUAGAAGAGCAGCUAAAAAUUUUGCUCACCACAUUAAAUUCAAUGCAAUCAAAAAAAAGCGGAAAUUUUAUGAAGGAUAAUUCAGAAUACGGUGUACCUGAAAUAAAAGCAGAGGUGGCUGAAUUAAAUCAUAGACUUCACACAGUCAAUACCAUCUUAAGCGAUUUGAAAAUCUCGGAGGCUAUUCCUGGAGAAGAUACUGGUUGUGAUAGCUCCAGUUCACUUUCCGAUACUGAAGCUAAUUUGGAAGAAGUAGUUCCAACUCCAAACAGAUUAUCAUUAUUGAGAACCAAUACUGUCGAAUCCUUCGUAUCAAUGAGGAAGGCCUCUACUAUGCAAGUCGAGUCCACUUAUGACAACCGUUUCAUGGUCCAUAAUAUCGAGUUGAAGAUUGAUAAUAAAAUAAGACAUCACCUCUUGGAAUAUGCUUCCAGCGCUUUUGAAAGAAAGUCUAUGAGGUUUGCUUUGACUUAUAAAUCUGUUACGAUCUUAAAAGAAUUACUGGGAAAUGUGUUAACUGGGGUCAGAACAUCUAUAGAAGACUAUGGCUCUAUGCUUGAAGACGAUUUGGCUAGUAACUCUGAGUUUAUUGAACAUUUUGAAAAACUCAUCAGAGAUGUUCCAAGUGAUGACUUUGAUUAUGUUGAUAAUUACCUUUGCAGAUUAAUCUCACCGCAAGUGCAAAUCAAAUCGGAUGUUGAAAGAAAUGCUGCAGUUAUUUUAGCUGCUAGAGAUAUAGAAAUGGGAAUCAUUGAUAUAGUUCAAGUGUAUGGAAAAUCUGGGAAAAGAAUUCCUGUUGACAUUGAUACUAUUGUUGAAACUCGCUAUUCUGCUGUUUCAAAGGAUAUUCAGUUAUUCACUUUGUUCAAGAAGGAUUUGGAGGGUCCUGAGGGUAGGCUUUUCCAUAAAAAUGGAUACGGUUUGGACAAAGAGUCAGAUAUAUGGCCCCCAUGGAUCCCUCUUGAAAUGUGCUUCGACGGUUCUCUAUUAGAUAGACAUGUAUUUCUGAAACGAAGAUCGAUGUUUUUAACGUACGUCGCUCCUAAUCCCUUAUUUUUUAGUGCGAAUGAUACAUCUACAUUUUCCUAUGAUUCGAGAUUUCGUAUUGCAUUUCCAGGAUUGGUUCUGACUUCUGAUUGUCAACAGUACUGUGCAGUAUACGCAAUCGCAGAGGACUUACUUUCCUUUGGAUCAUCAUUGGAUGAGAAGGUUGAGAAAUUAUCCAGGAUUCUAUUUACUGAUGAAGUAAGAAAUAAUCUGGAAAACCUUGAUGUAUCCGUUGUCACAGCGCUACAAGAUAGAAUUAAAGAACUGUAUUACACGCGAGCAUAUUUGAAGCUUCACGAUCCAAGAUUGUUUAGAAAAUCGGGCCAAGAACUAACUUUUGAUAUUCAAACUAGUACAUUGAAGUUGACACUACUUAUGACGGCAAUCAAGAAAACUUAUGAUAGGAUGGGUAGUGGUAACAGAGUUAUCCAGAAAAGAUUGAGGUGGCAAGUUGGAACGGAUGAGUUGGUUUGGGAACUAUAUGAUGAAAGCAAAACACCUUUUGUAACGAUUGGACUGGGUCCUUCUACAUUUAUUCGUUCUGAAACCUCUGAUGGCACUAACAGUAACAAAGUAUCUAUUUCUUCAUUACAGUGCUUCAAUCAACAAAAAAAUCCGGUCUAUACUGAGCUGUUGGCUCCCUUUUCUGAAAACUCAUCUUAUAAUGACAACGCCCCAAUGGUGGAAAUAUUCUGGAUCUUGGGUCCAUCGGUUGGAGGGAUUUCAGAUUUGCAAGACUUAGUUGUUUCUUUGCAGCCAUUAAUUUUCAAGAUGGAUCACAAAACGUCGGAAAAACUAAUGAAUUAUCUUUUUCCAAAGAUAGAACAAACUCCGGUAGAACCUAAUCCUUCGGAACUUGUACCGCGUUCUUCAACCAGUUCUUUUUUUUCAUUUUCUCCAGUUUUACGUCACAGUCCUUCUAACGGCUCUUUAUCUGUGUACGAUGCAAAGGAUGUUGAUUCUUGGGAUCUGCGCAGUAUCCAGAGUAAAGAAGGUAUCAACAAGUAUAAAGGUGAUCAUAGGAAAGUAUCGGCAUCACUGUUCGUGCAGCCUGAUUAUAAUAUUAAUGAAAUGGUGAAAAGAUCAGGCACAUUUUUCAAUGUAAAAUCCAUUAUAAUCCGAAAAACUUUAAUGUCCGUGUGUUAUAAGGGUUCUCACAGCCUCUUGACUGAUGUUAAUAACUUAAUCGUCAGAGUUCCUGUUUUGAAGUACCAUAACAAACUAUGGUCGAGAGAAGAGUUUUUUACAGCUUUGAAAAGAGACAUUGUAAGAAUAGUUCUACAACAUUUAGGAAAUAUUAUUGGUAAUAAAUUUUUACCCCACAAAAAAGAGAACAAAAAGAAAACCUCCUUAGAAAUACAUCGGUUACUAAGUCCUGAUACUCAAAAUCGGGACAAGUUACACAUUCUUGAAACCGAACAACAUAACUCAUUUAACUACUCCACUCCCUCUUCAGAUGCCGGAUCAAUUAAUACAGAUGAAUCCUAUAAUGAAAAUGAAGAGAAUGGAGAAGUGAGGCCGUUUUACCCUAUUACGAGUGAAAUUUCAAAAUACAAGUGA